AUUAUAAAUUAGAGCUUACCCCAACGUGGUUGGAGAUCACAAAUUGGAGAGAAAGCUAAGGGAAAGAAAUGGAGAAGAAGGCUUAUAGGGCCCAUGUUUUGGCACUUCCUUAUCCAAGCCAAGGUCAUGUCAACCCGAUGCUCCAAUUCUCAAAGCGCUUGACCUCUAAAGGAAUCAAGGCAACCUAUGCCACCACCGUCUUCCUCUCCCACACCAUGAAGCCUGAAUCAUUAGGCUCCGUGGAAUUCGACACAAUAUCCGACGGCUGUGACCAAGGAGGCUUCUCGGAAGCGGAGAGCAUCCAUGACUACCUCAAACGGCUAGAAGCUGCUGGAUCAAAAACCCUAGCUGAGCUCAUCAUCAAAUACAAGAACUCACCACACCCUUUUGAUUGCGUAAUGUAUGAUUCUUUCCUUCCGUGGGCUCUGGAUGUAGCCAAGCAAUUCGGUUUAGUGGGAGCAGCGUUUUUUACCCAGGCAUGCGCUGUCAAUUACAUAUACUAUUAUGCUCAUCAUGGAUUAUUGAGUCUGCCGGUUUCUUCAGAGCCUGUCUCCAUCCCUGGAUUGCCAUUGCUUCAGCUUCGAGAUAUGCCGUCCUUCAUUUACGUGGCGGGCUCAUAUCCAUUUUACUUCCAGAUGGUGUUGAGUCAGUUUUCUAAUUCCUACAAAGCCGAUUUCGUUCUUGUUAAUACCUUCUACAACUUGGAGCAUGAGGCCGUGGAUUCCAUGUCGAAAGUGAGUCCAUUGUUGACAAUCGGCCCAACGAUUCCAUCCAUGUACUUGGACAAAAGAGUGGAGAAUGACGAGGAUUAUGAUCUUAAUCUAUUCAAAUUAGACUCCUCCAGCAGCACCGAGUGGCUAAGCACCAAGCCACCAGGAUCUGUUGUUUAUGUGUCAUUUGGCAGCAUGGCUAACCUAAGCGUCAAACAAAUGGAGGAACUUGCCUGGGGCAUAAAGCAAAGCAAUUUCUAUUUUCUUUGGGUGGUGAGAUCAUCCGAGGAAGCGAAAAUCCCAAACAAGUUCGUACAAGAGAUGGGGGAUAAGGGCGUAAUCGCCAACUGGAUCCCUCAAAUGCAAGUGCUAGCGAGUAAGUCCGUGGGUUGCUUUUUCACGCAUUGCGGGUGGAACUCAACCAUCGAGGCUUUGUGCUUGGGAGUCCCAAUGGUGGCAAUGCCGCAAUGGACUGACCAAACCACGGAUGCCAAGUUUGUUGAGGAUGUUUGGAAGGUUGGGGUCAGAGUUGAGGUUGAUGAGAAUGGGAUCGUGAACAGAGAUGAAAUUGAGUCUUGCAUAAGACAAGUAAUGGAAGGGGAAACAGGGAAAGUAAUGAAAGAAAACGCUAAAAAAUGGAAACAAUUAGCUAUUGAGGCAGUCAGUGAAGGAGGAAGUUCAGACAAGAACAUCAAUGAAUUUGUUUCUAAAUUGACAAGAACGUAGAGCUGAUUCUAUUUUCUUAUUAAAAGAAACUGUGAUACAUAUUAAUGUCGUUGAUCUUUAUAGUAUUUAAUUAUUUUUGUCCUUUCUAA